CAGAUAACAGACUUCUCCAACAAUGUGGAGAAAGUGCAGAACGCCAGCCGCUCGUCCGGUGUAAACAGCGGCUCCUCACGGCGGGUGACGGGCCCUUUACCUGGACCAGGACACCGGGAGACCGGGAGACCAGCCCUCCUCUCACAUCCACUCUGGUCGUUUCAGUGAUGCGAAAGCGGACCAGCUCCCUGACCGCCGAGCAUGACAGCGUCCCCCCCGCCGCCCCGGAGGAUAGCGACCCGGCUGUGAAGCGCUGCCCCCCGCAGGGAAAGGCGGGACACGGUGCGCCGCAGGGCACCGACCCGGAAAAGAGGAUGGCCAAGUCGUUCAAGAGGCUAGGUUUGGCAGGCAAAGUGAAGAGGAUUCUGAUGUGGAUUCUUCUGGUGUACUUCUGUAUCCCUGUCCUGGUGAAGCUCUGCCCCUCCAUCCAGGCCAAACUAGUAUUCCUCAACUUCGUGAGGCUGCCAUACUUCAUAGACCUGAAGAGACCAUCAGACCAUGGUCUGAACCACACAGUCAACUACUACCUGGAGCCAGAGAGCGGCUUCAAGAUAGGAGUCUGGCACACGGUGCCCGCCCAGAUGUGGGCGGAGGCUCAGGGUAAAGACAGAGACUGGUACGAUGCAGCGCUGCUCUCACCUCACCCUGUCAUCCUCUAUCUCCAUGGCAACGCAGGGACCAGGGGGGGUGACCACAGAGUACAGCUGUACAAGGUGCUCAGUUCAUUUGGCUACCAUGUGGUCACAUUUGACUACCGAGGCUGGGGGGACUCCGACGGCAGCCCCUCCGAGGGGGGCAUGACCGCCGACUCUCUGUUCAUGUACCAUCGGCUCAAACGCGCCGUCGCCAACAAGCCCCUCUACGUCUGGGGCCACUCGCUGGGGACCGGAGUGGCCACCAACCUGGUGAGAAGACUCAGUGACACAGGAAGUCCUCCAGACGCUCUGGUCCUGGAGUCCCCGUUCACCAACAUCAGAGAGGAAGCUAGAAGCCACCCCUUCUCUAUGGUCUACCGGUACCUACCUGGCUUCGAUUGGUUCUUCUUAGACGCCAUCUCCGCCAACGACAUCCGCUUCGCCAGCGAUGAGAAUGUGAACCACAUCUCGUGUCCGGUGCUGAUCCUUCAUGCUGAGGACGACAGCGUGGUUCCCUUCCACCUGGGGAGGAAGCUGUACGCGUCGGCGGCUCGCUCCAAGAGUCUGAGCGGCCACAAGGUGCAGUUCAUCCCGUUCCAAGCCUCGCUGGGCUACAAGCACAAGUUCAUCUACAGGAGCCCCGAGCUGCCCCACAUCCUCAGUGACUUCUUUGGAGCCGUGCAUCCAAACACACAAUGAGGACCUCCGCAGCAUGGAACACACACACACACACGUACACACACACACACACACACACACACACUUAAGCACACAUGCACACACUGAAUCACACACGAACACACUUAAACACACAUUCACACCAGAUCUCUGUGGGUGUGUGUCUCUGAAAGGACGACAGAAUGUUAAUUCCGGAAUUUAGAAUUCACACACACAUGCACACAUGCACAUGCACAUGCACACACACACACACCUACACCCAAAAAGGAAGUGACUCUAAUGUUGAUGGUUGCCAUGGAGGCACGGUGCACACGAUUGGUCAGACCUUUGACGACGAGCCUUCCAUCCCGUGUGCCUCCUGCUCUCUGAUUGGUUUGUUUUGAGUGACACACCUAAUUCUGAUUUAGCGUUUGACUGAAAUGUUCUAAGGUAUUGAUCACCAAUGUAUGAGAGUACCUUGUGUUGUAUUUUAGAAAGCUUUAUUGUUCCGUAUCGGGAACAAUCAGGGAACCAUUUUAAACGUUUCAUCACUCAGCCCCGCCAUGUAGUGACAUCACGUCUGAGGAUCACUAACCCCCAUCGUGUAGUGACAUCACGUCUGAGGAUCAUGAACCCCCAUCAUGUAGUGACAUCACGUCUGAGGAUCACUAACCCCCAUCAUGUAGUGACAUCACGUCUGAGGAUCACUAACCCCCAUCGUGUAGUGACAUCACGUCUGAGGAUCACUAAACCCCAUCAUAUAGUGACAUCACGUCUGAGGAUCACUAACCCCCAUCGUGUAGUGACAUCACGUCUGAGGAUCACUAACCCCCAUCGUGUAGUGACAUCACGUCUGAGGAUCAUGAACCCCCAUCUUGUAGUGACAUCACGUCUGAGGAUCACUAACCCCCAUCAUGUAGUGACAUCACGUCUGAGGAUCACUAACCUCCGUCAUGUAGUGACAUCACAUCCGAGGAUCACUAACCCCUGUCAUGUAGUGACAUCAGGUCUGAGGAUCACUAACCCCCGUCAUAUAGUCUGGGGGUCUAAAGGGUCUUGCUGGUCCCAACAGAACCAGUAUGAAGAGUGGACUCAGACCAUCUCAAUAUGAAGCCAGUGUAAUCGCUCUCCCAUGAUUGGUCGUGGGUUUGUGAGGCGACCAAUCAGUACCGUACCUUUUUGAUUAUUCCGCUUUUAGGUUUAGAAGACCAAUCACGAGCAUUGCUGUAGAGCUGGACAUUUGCAUAUCUAAAUGAGGUGCGGUAGUUGUUGAGACUGAGAAGCAGAUAAAAACUGGACUGGAUCUGGUGUGUAACUGGAAUGCAGAUCUGGUUUAGGAUCAUUAGGAGAUGGUGUCCAGGUCCUGGUCAGAACCGGAUCCAGUCCUUAGACCUCUGGAUACCAUGGACAGGAGAGAUUGUGUUUGCCCUAUCAGAUCAGUCGACCUCUGGAAGCCUCAUUUAGGUCAGUUAUUGAAAUGAAAUAAAGUGUAAAGGCUC